AACCGAAAGAUGAGGCCAAAUUAUUAUUAUUAAUCAUUACAUUAAGACGGAGCCGAAAGCCGAGGCAUGGAUAGAAUUAGGUAUGGGUCUAUGGGCCCAAGCCAAGGUAACACCCAUAAGACGUAGCCCACGUGGGCGUCACGUGUCCUCAAGGCCCCUUGUGGCGUGAGACCCAUCCACGUAGGCGACACUUGGAAUCCGGAGGUGCCCACAGGUUGUACUGUGGGUCCGCCACGUCAGCAUCGAAUCCAAGGAAAGAAAAUAUCUGGACUGAGCCCGGUAAUUGCUCCAAGACACGCAAACUUUCGCUCCCCAAACUAUGCGACACGUGGUGCUCUUGGGUCGAUGCUGGCUUUGUAAAUUUGUAGUGGUAGGCCGAGUAUAUAGGACUGUAGGGGAGCGCACAUACCAUUCCAACUCGUCCGCCAACAAACUAUUGCCACGCGGAGGACGAUGCGUUCUCACGUGCUGAUCACGUGAGCUUUGUAUGAGUGGCGUGGGUUAACUGAAUUUGAAAUGCGUGGACCUCAGUGCAGGGUAUAAAAACUAAACGGCUGCGGGGCAUGUCGUAAAGAAGAAGCUAAUAACUUCGAAGGAACUGGUGAAGAUAUUUUCCCAAGUUGCUUCAUUUGCCGGAGAAAGACGCAAAUACCCCUGAUCCCACUGUCGUAGGCACAUACAAAGUUAGGGAAUUAAAUCUGAAAUAGAGGGCUGUUUCCGUAACCCACUGCAACGCUGCAAGUUCUCCCAUAUAUCUUGCUCUGCUCUGCUCUGCGGUUGAGAGAGAGAUAAACGAACAAGCAGAAAAUGAGAGAGUGCGAGCUGUGUGGACUGAGAGCUCGGAUUCACUGCGAGGCGGACCAGGCGAAGUUAUGCUGGGACUGCGAUGAGAAAGUUCACGGAGCCAAUUUUCUGGUGGCGAAGCACCCGAGGAACCUCCUCUGCCAUGGAUGCCAGUUGCCGACUCCAUGGAUGGGCUCGGGACCCAAGCUUACGCCGACCGUCUCGGUAUGUGAGAUUUGUGUCGAAAGGCGUGGAAUUAAGUUUCAGCGGUACGAGGAUCAAGAAAGCGAAGCAGAGAACGAAGACGAUGUUGAUCUUGAUGAUGAGGAGGAUGAUGAUGAUGGUGGUCAUGAUGGUGAAGAUGUUGAUGAUGAUGCUGAUGAUGAUGAUGAUGAUGAGGAUGAAAAUCAGGUGGUUCCGUGGUCUAGUUCGCAUUCGGCGGCGGCAGAGCCUCCGCCUGCGGUGAGUUGUUCGAGUAGUGAAGAAGAAGAAGAGGAGGAGGAAUUUUUGGUGGUGUCGAAGCGAAUGCGAGAGAAUGCGGAUCCAGAUUCUGAUUUGGGAUGCGACGAAACGUCGUCGUUGGCUUCGCUGAGGCUGUUGAAGCGAGCCAGACCGGGCGAAGAGAACCGUUUACUGAGUGAGAGAUCAAGUGAAGCGGAGUUAAGAUCAACGGCGAUCGUGAGCUCAAUUGAGAGUCUUCAAAAUCAAACGGACGUGAUCAGCGACGGUGAUGAUCAGGCGUCCGCCGCGGUCCUCGGGAUUUGCGAACCCAGAAGAGAUGUACUAGUUGCGGAUAUUGUGUUCUUGCGAGGAACAUUCAUACAUGAUGCGUGAGUUGAUGGAGGCAGAGCCAGCCAGCCCCAACAUGUGAAAAGAAGAAUGAGUUAUGCUAGCAUCAGUUGUCCACGUAAUACGUGAUAGUGAGGCGUGUAUUCAUGUGAGUCUUAUAAUUUAUUUGUUAUUUACAAUCACUUACGUGCACGUGGAUGACUGAUGAUAGAUCUUCUUGAAAAGAAGAUAAGCUACCAUCCAUGUUUAGAAAUUCGGAUCUUAGUCUACCAUGAUAACAUACUUUUUCCAUGAAUUGACAGGGUAGACCCAAGACCCAAUUCUCAAGGAGAUUAGAUAAGAUUAAUAAGAUUAAUCUUAAUCGCCUUA